UUUUAUUAAAAUUAUUAAAUAAAAACAUAAUAAUAGAUAGUAACAACUCUUAAAAUUGAUAAUCCGUAGUACAUUGUUAGAGAAAAACAUUGUUGAUUUUAUAAAUUUAAAAAAUGGAAAAGUCUCCGAUUUCCUUACUCUCAGAAUACUGUCAAAAACACAAAUAUCAACUUCCGACGUAUACAUUUAUAAAAAGGAUGGACGAUUACUUUGAGUGCCACGUAAGGGUAUUGAAGAUCACAGCAAUUGGAAUAGCUUCCAAUAAAUCAGAUGCUAAACGUGAAGCAGCAUUUAAAUUAUUAAAUGAUGAUAAAUUAUAUCUAGAAGAACCACUGCAUCUUAAAGAUAACGAAAUCUGUAUUAUUAGAUCGCAUGUCUCCACUCUAAUGGAAUAUUGCCAAAAGCAAUGUUUGCCAAUGCCUACUUUUAGUUGGUCAGAAAACGCUGAUACUAAGCAGUUUAUAUGCACUGCCAAAGCAGCAAAUAUAACAGCUAUUGGUGUUGGUCAGAACAAAAUGAAUGCCAAGCACGAUGCAGCUCGUAAUGUGAUUAUUAAAUUGAACACAAUUAACAAAAACAAAAAUGAAUCAUAUAAAACAAAUACCAUAGAUAAGCCAAAUGUUUUUCACUCUAAAGCAGACAGAGAACAAAAUGAAACCACCAAUGUUCCCUCAACGGUAGUGGACCUGCAACUUUUGUAUAAUAAUAAUAAUACUUUUGACAAGCUUCCACCGCGGGACUCAGCAGCAGCAAGUAGUGCAGAACACCAAUAUAAAAUAACUGAUAUAACAAAAAUCCAUCUAGAACCAACCAAAACAAAGACAAAUGAAUGUAAGCCACUAAUAGAUGCAAUGAAGAAUAUGUCAGUUUCAGGUGACCGUGAUCAACCCGUUGUUGGAAAAAUUGAUGCACCCACAAAUAUCCCAGUAAACUAUUCAGAUAAGCUAAAUAUGUAUUACAAACUUUCAAACUCUGAGCUAAAGAAAAAUAUUUCAAAUAUAAAAUUAUGUGAUCGUCAUAAUUACUUUCUGAAUUAUGCACCACAUUUAAAAGAGGCUGCAUUAAAAGUUGUUAGAACCGAAUAUGCAUCCACGAAGCAACAGGCCUUAGAUCUGUUAAAAGCCCUUCAAAUUAAAUUCAAAACCCAAACUCAUACUUCAUGUUUAUCAGGUUAUUUGAUUUCAAUUGAACUAUUAUGCGAAUAUCAUGUUAUUUUUGCAGAGCAGGAAAAUAAGAUAUACAAAGAUAUUGUUCAAUAUUUUAAUGUAAUGUUAUUUUAGCAUUUUAGUAUAGUAGUGAAAUUAUUACAUUCUAAAAUUUGAAACCAUAUUUGUAAUAAAAAUCAUUU